UCGCACCUCACUCUUCACUUCUCUCACACUCUCUCUCUCUCACAAAAAAAGAAAAAUAAAUUAAAAUAAAAAAGUAACGUUGCCUUACCUGAGUGACCCGAGCCUUGUCCUCUUCAAUGACACGCUCUGGGUAGUGGCUAGUGGCUAGGUUCGUUCUCCGAUCCUCCUCCCGAACCACCAUGGGUUGCUUCUUUGCUUGUUUCAGAGCGCGCGACUCCGCCACCGCCACUGCCACCGCUACAGUACCAGCUUCUCGUUCUGCCAAACCUAACGAUGUUGCGGUCUCUCGAAACCGUUUGUCUACUUUGUUUCUGUCCGAAGAGAGAGAAGACUCUGUUGUGCGUGAUGGCGGGAAGGGUUUUGAAGUGGGAUCUCAAAAAGGUGGCACUGAGGCCAAGUUUCUCAAAGCUGACGUUAACUUGGCAACAACCUGUCCUGAGAAAGUUGACCUUGAUGGUCAACCUUUCGAUCCCUCAACUCCUGUAAAACAUUGUGAGGAAGGGGGGAAGAGAACUGACUCUUUAGAGCACACACCAAGCAGCUGUAUCUCCAAUGCGCAAAGUACUCUUGAUUCUACAGAAGGAAUUAGGACUGGAAGUCUUCACAGUUUGGAUAUUAAUGACAAGCAUACGGCUUCUGUUUCACCUUGGCCAUCUACCACAUACACCAAGAGGACGAACAAGUCUGUACGUUUUGAAUGUGACACUGAUUUAUCAUCCUGUAGCUCGUCUGAUUAUGGUGGACGAUAUCUGAAGAAAGCCGAUUCACCAAAUGAAAGUGCAUAUAAACCAUCACCUUAUCCUACCCCAAUGAAGCUAUCUGAGGAGAUGCAAACUCCAGGAACUGUUUACCCUGCAACAAAAGAAUACUUACCAAAUGGUAAGCCUCGAGUUAAGUCCCAGUUUGUGUAUCCAAUUAACAACACUGGUGAUGACGUCUCUCAAAAGAUACUUGAGGAGGAAGAUCAUAUCCGUGAACAAGAUUCAAGGAAGCUGAGUGAAUCAGUCGAGUGGUCUCAAAUUGCGACUUCAACACCUGAAAAAGGGUUAAAGAAAAUAUCUUAUGAAAAUGAAUGUAAGGUGGAGGAAAGCUUAUCUUCCUGGUUGAAGCCUGCAGCUGUGAUUCUGGAGGAGAGAAACAAGAGAAUGGAGAUUGCUUAUAAUCAGUUUCGCAAAACACCUGCUGAUAGGCCUAUCAUUGGGAUGGUUGCAGCACACUGGAACGAGGAUGAGGAUUCCCAAGUUCCUCCUCCUAAAUGGUGGGAUGGCAAUGGCAUACCAAAUUCAACCAAUAAGUAUAAAGAAGAUCAGAAAGUGAACUGGCAUGCAACGCCAUUUGAAGAGAGGUUGGAAAAGGCAUUAUCUGAGGAGAGUGUUAUCUCUCAAAGGAAGGAUGUAUGUGGAAAAUCAAUUCCUUUUGGUGAGAACGAAGAAAGUGACACUGCAUUGUCUCAACUGCAAUCUUCAACUCAUCCACAGUCCGUGGUGUCAUUCUGAUAUGUCUAUUGUCGAUGUUCUUUUGUCUGGUAUUUUGGCAUUUGUGGAAACUAAGUCUGAAUCCACCUCAUUCAACAUGCUGGUUGGUUGGAACAGAGAAUUGGUUAUUCAAAUUUUGUGGUAAUGUAGAGCUAUCAAGCUGUGUGCCACACCGCUUGUAUUGUAUAUAAGUGAUGAAAAUUUUUGCAUUAAAUAAUGGGUAUUGGGAGUUUGGUGAUGAUAUUUUUAUUUUGUUAAAAAUUUGAAGGAGUUCUAUAUUUGAGGCUUACAUGAAAAAAGAGCUUGUGGAUCUG